CCAUAUUGGAGUCGGGUCGGUUCGGUUCGGAUCCUGUCAGUAGAGGGGAGCUGGAGCUGGGGACGUCUCGCAGCUUCUCCCCCCUCCCUCGUCUACACAGACACAGCGCCAUCAUCCUCCCUCCCUCCCUCCACCUGACCCUCGCCUCUGCUCCAAGAGAGAGGGGGUUAAAGAGAAAGGGAGAGGGAGACGGUCCCCACCCCCCAGCCCGGACAGACAGACAGACGGACAGACGAGCCGCCAGCCCGGCAACCACCCGCCCUCCCUCCCUCCCUCUCCCCCCCGGCCAGCGGCCUCCUCUCCCCUCCCCUCCGCCCGACAUGAGUCCGGCCGAUGCCAAGCGGGCCAAGCGCAGGAAGAACAAGCGGGGCGGCGGUGGCGGCAAGACGGUGAGCCGGCAGCAGAAAGCCCUGGCGCCGCCGAGCAGCGGCGGGGCCAACGGCACCUUACACGGGGAGGUUUCCAUAAAUGGCACACAACUUUCAGAUGGGUCUGUGGGAUCAGAGUUCACAGGGGCCCCUCAGACACCCUUCACCUUUGGACUGGGUCAGAGGGCACCGUACUCAACCGGGGAACGAUGUCUUCUAUGUCGAAGUGAACGCAAAGACUCUUCACUUUCUGAGAGUGGGAUUACAAACCCAAACAAAAUGGCACUUUCUACAUCUCCAAAAACAAACAGCAUAUUGCACCUUCCGCUUUGGGUGUGUCCGGACUGCAGGCGUACUGUUGAAAAGGAUGAUCGGCAGGUUUCACUGGAGCAGUCAUUGGUGAAUCAAGACUUCUUAUUGCAUAUGCCAAUGGCUAAUAAUGGAGCACCCCAGGACUCGAUAGGUGGAAGACUGGCUGUUGGAGCUCAAUCAGUACCUGGUACAGAUGUCAAUGCCCCUGCAACUUCAGAUAUAGCUUGCAACUGUGAGGCAUGCAAUGAGCGCAGAGAAAUAUCAGCAGAGAAUGAGCGAGAAUCUCAGCAGCUUCAGCAUUACUGGUCAGAGGUACGUUACAUGGUUCGAUGUAUUUAUCGCCAAGCCGGGACGCCGUUGGCUGAUGAUCAGGACCAGUCACUGGUUCCAGACAAGGAAGGAAUGAAAGAAUUGGUAGACAGGUUAUGUGAACGUGACCCCUACCAGUUGUACCAACGUUUGGAGCAACAGGCUAGGGAAUACGUUCUGGAAAUGAAGGUACGCUUGCUUCGACAUCUGUCACUGGGAUCCAAAGUAACCACAGUGGUGCAGGGCCCACUGCAGGCUCAUCAGUUCAUCUCACUCUUGUUGGAGGAAUACAGUGCACUCUGUCAAGCUGCUCGCACAAUCAGCACCUUCCUCACCACGCUGGAAAGUGAACAUUUGAAGAAAUUCCAAGUGACGUGGGAACUUCAUAAUAAGCACCUAUUUGAAAACUUGGUAUUCUCUGAGUCACUUCUGCAAAGUAGCCUACCAUCACUCGUAGCACAACUACGGCUUGGUACAGCAUCUCACGACACGUACAGUGAGGACAUGUAUAGUACAUUACUACAACGGUACCUCCAGAUGGACCAGGACAUGAGACGAGUUGCAGCAGAGUGGCUAGAAUGCCAGAAACGAAUAGAUGACUAUGUGGAUGAACAGAUGGCAAUGAAAACCAAACAACGCAUGCUAAAGGAUGAUUGGGAGUUCUUCAAACAGCGCCGGUUAUUAGAAGAACAGCUUACAAACAGCAAGAAAGCACUAACUGGAGAAAAUAAUUUCACAGAUACAAUGAGGCAUAUGCUAUCAUCGCGACUCAGCAUGCCUGAUUGUCCCAACUGUAACUACAGACGCAGGUGUACCUGUGAUGACUGCAGCCUCUCUCAUAUACUCACAUGUGGCAUCAUGGAUUCACCCAUUCCUGACGAUCUUUCCAUCAACACGUUACCAUUGCAAGUAGAAGCGGCGCCAGAUUACCUCACGGAAAUCUGUCCGCCCAGCAUGUCAUCUGCAAGCUCGGGGUCGGGUUCGAGUUCACCCAUCACCAUUCAGCAACAUCCACGGCUCAUUCUUGCUGAUAGCAACGCAGCUCACACUUUUGGCAGUGACGAUGAAGACGUGACUCCUUUAUCAGCAAAAUUUGCUGACAUAUACCCACUUACCAGCUACGAUGAUGCAGAAGUUGUCGCCAACAUGAAUGGCAUCCACGGCGAACUCAAUGGUGGGGGUGAAAACAUGGCAUUAAAGGAUGAGUCUCCCCAGGUAAGCAGCACCAGCAGCAGCUCUUCAGAGGUUGACGAUGAAGAUGGUGAUGAUGGAGAGAGCAGCAGUGAACCCCCUGUGUCGCAUACGGAGGAAAUGCCUGGAAAGAGAGGGGCCAGAAAGGAAGCAGUGAGGGACAGUCCACCACCGUCCUAUCCCAGUCAGCAGGCUGACCAGGUCCAGAACGUUUGUGAAUGCCACGUCUGCAAGCAAGAAGCCUCUGGCCUGAGUACAUCUGCUCUUGCAUCCGGGCGCCUUCCCAGCGGCCACCAGUUUUUACCCACGGAGAAGCCUUCGCAUCCCGCUCUUCACCUCUACCCGCACAUCCAUGGGCAUUUACCACUGCACACCAUCCCUCACCUGCCUCGGCCUCUCCUCCAUCCUACCCUGUACGCAACAACUCCUCCAUUCACGCACAACAAGACUCUCCAGUCAGCACCACCUCCCAGUCACACAGGCAAAAAUCAGGUUUUCAGCGCAUCUCUCCAGGACCACAUCUACCAGAGCUGUUUCGGCAGCACUGACUGGAACAACCCACUCCUCACGUCCCACAAAUUGGCAAGUCUCUGGGGAUCGGAACUAAUAAAUGGCGAUAAACCAUGGAAUCCUGCUGCUUUCCUUCCAGAAACGCUAUCUGGUGACAUUUUGCGGUCACCACUCCCAGAGAUUAGGCCAGAAGCACUUCCCCCUACAACCAGUACUGACACCGUUGUCAUGGACACCAAGGAGAAAAAACCUGCAGCAAGGAAAAAAUGUCUCUACAAUCCCCCCACUGCCAUGGAAACCAACAAAGUCAUCAUGGCAACCUCCUCAGCCACAUCUUCUGUCUCAUCUACAGCCACUACUGUGCAAUCUAGUUCCAAUCAGUUUAAGGUUUCAUCAAAAAGACCUACAUCACUAGGUGAGGUGUUCCACAAUUUAGGUAAAGAAGAUCACAGACAUCCCACACCAGUCGCACCUAGGAACAGCCCCACAGGUUUAACAUCUCUUCCAUCUCUCACGCCCACGCCGCUGUCCCCUGCCUCUGCACCUCACAUGCCUAACCUUGUGACUUCACCUUUUCCAAAGACAGCUUCAACUGCCCCAGGUUUUAUCGAUCCCCAUUCUGGGCUCUGUCCAACCUCCACUGCACCCCCUGCAGUUACUGCAGAAAGUUCAGUGAGUGCAUCAGCCAGCGUAUGCAGUGACCCUGACUGCGAAGGACACCCGUGUGCGAGUGGCAAUGUGUACGAUCAUCAGCAGUUUGAUGGUGAAGAGAGUCAGGACGAAGAUAGCUGCUCAGAACACAGCUCUAGUACCUCAACGUCAACCAACCAGAAGGAAGGAAAAUACUGUGACUGCUGCUACUGUGAAUUCUUUGGUCAUGGCGGGCCACCUGCCGCACCAACGAGUAGGAACUAUGCAGAGAUGCGGGAGAAGCUCCGCCUACGGCUCACCAAGCGCAAGGAGGAGCAGCCAAAGAAAGCAGACCCCAUCCUCGAGAAAGAGCAGAUAGUAGACCAUAGAAAAGUGGAAGACCUAUUACAGUUUAUAAACAGCACAGAAUCAAAACCAGUCAGCAGCUCGAGGGCAGCUAAACGGGCACGGCACAAGCAGCGAAAGCAGGAAGAGAAGGCUCGUCUCGAGGCCGAGGCCCGUGAGAGAGAACAGUUGCAACUGCUGGAAGAGCAGAGGCAGCAGGAAGAGGAGGAGCGAAUAAAACAAGAGUUGCAACGGCUUCAAGAGCUGCAGCAAAUCCGGUCGGCCAAGAAAAAGAAAAAAGAAAGAACUAAGGAGUCCCUGAAAGGCGAGUGUCUUCUGCAAAACGCACGGCUAAAGGAAGCCGCCGUAGAUCUGAUGAACGAUAGCGGCAAAUCCCAGCAGCCGGAUCCUGCAACAAAACCCAACAGCUUUCCCCCCGGGCAGGCAAACAGCAAGGAAGAGCAAAGAGCGGAGCCGGAACCUAGAGCACCUCAGUUAGUGCCUGCCAAUGGGAAGGACCUCAGAGUGACCCAAGCCCCAGCUCAACGGGAGUGGAAGGUCAAGCAGCCCGAGACCAACAGCAGCCCAGACCCCACAGCAGUACAAAACGAAUUCAAUAGCAAGCAGAAGUUAAAAUCGCAGGCAAUCAAACCAAGUAUUGAGCGGCACUCAAAGCCGGCCGAGGGCUUCAGACCCUGCGACGUGCACCAGAGAACCUCGGCCAAGUGCCAGCUGGAUCUGGGAGCACUCAAACCAAAGCUGCCCGAGUGCCAAAUGUUAACGGAGCAGAAGAAGGAGGAGAGGAAAGGAGUCAACAGCAAUGGGAGGAAGCUCAACCACGUGAAGGAAGACCGGGUACCGUCAGAGUGUGAACCUGCCCCGUCCAGCGAUCAGCAGCAUGUUAACAAAAACACAGCAGAAUCGCCCCAGCCCAAAGGAAAGACCAAGAAAAAUAAGAAGAAGAAAAGCGACAAGCUGAACAACUCCAUCGGAACAUUAAUCAGUAACGCAAGUGAUUCACGUGCAUUGAGACGUAAGAGACCGCAGAUGCUGGAGUCUUCAGCAAAAUACACAGAUGAUGUGUUCCUACCUAAAGACAUCGAUUUGGACAGUGUAGAAAUGGAUGAAACCGAGAGAGAAGUGGAAUACUUCAAGAGAUUCUGCUUAGAUUCAGCCCGACAAACCAGACAGAGGCUCUCCAUCAACUGGUCCAACUUCAGCUUGAAGAAAACCACGUUUGCUGCUCACUGAUCAGAUGACAAGUUCCCUCUGAAGGAACCAACGUAUGACUCCUCCGAAUAUUCUCACUUGGAUACACAGUACUCUGCUGCACUGAGAGCUCACCAGGUUGUUGAUCCUGGACCUGCCUUGCCUUCCCCAUCUCCCCUGCCCCCUCCAUUACCAUUCCCCCCACCCACCGCUGUGUGAGAUUCUGCACUGGGACAGGGUGCAGAGCGCCCUGGUCCUUUUGACUUUGUUGCAGUGUAUGGAGAGAGAGAGAGUUGGCCAGCUGUUGAUCCACUUUCUCCUUACCUGAAAUCUUUUUUUUUUUUUUUUGUUUGCUUGUGUGUUUGUAGUCUGUGAGUGGAACUUGCUCAACAGUAGCCGCAAUCCUUUUGGGUUGCGGCUCAAACAGCCUUCCGUCUCUGGCACUUCCGCUUUUCACGGCCCCAGUGUUCUGCCCAGGACUCCGCUCGGGUGAAGGUCAAUCUGUUUGUUCUCUCCUUCGCAUCGAUCCGUUGCAGCAUUUUACUCACAUCUUGCAUCCAGCACUGUACAUACAGUCCGACUACUGACAAGGGAAUGGACAGCAUCGGUUUUUACUCUUCCUUGAUCCGGCAUUCUCCCUCCCCCACAACGAGAAGGUCUGAACGAAGGAAACGUUCAUACUGAACUGGGCAGUGAAAACCCAGUCGCCUCCAGUACUCCUUCACAAACUCACUGUUUGAAGUGUACAAGGUUACGCUAUAUUGUGUUUGAUUUCUGACUUGUAGCCAGCUUGUGUAAGAAUACUUGCAGAAUGAAUUCAAUUGAACAAUGCUCACACUAUCGACCUGUUAUAGAGUGUAUAAUUGUAUUAACACUGAAGCCAGAACUGGCUACUUUUUUAACAUAUUGUUAAGUAAUAUUUAAAAAAAUCAUGUCUUUCUUUUCGAAAGAUGGAAUACAGUAGUAUGGCAGAAA